AUGGCUUCUCUGGCUCAUGGCGUCAGCUCCUUGUUCUUUGGUGUCGCGACUCCCAGGCUGACAGAUGUUUCUUUCACUGACCAAGACUAUAACGCAUGCUCCCAGAUAUCCUUUGAGUGGGCCUGUAGCUAUGACACAAAGAACUGGACACAACUGGAGUCAAUUCUGCUUCCCAAUCUCAAUGUCGACUAUAGAGCUGUCAUGGGCCCUGAAGCAGCAUGGCCGAACAUGACUGCAGCAGAGUUCGUCGCAAUGAUGAGCGCGCCAGGACAGCUUGGAAAUCCUCUCAUCGCUACUCAACACCUGUUAGGCGGUUCGUCGUGGCAACGAGUGAAUAACACGACAAUCAUUGGGUCAUACCAGAUGAGAGCUGCACAUGUUCGUUACGCAGCCGACAACGAGGGACUUCGGUCAAGCAGUGUUGUUGUCUCAGCAAACAGCCAUGCUAUUGUUAAGCAUACAUAUGGCCUUGAUUUGGAUGGGGCUUGGAAGCUUGCAGGCAUUCAACCAUCUGUUCUGUUCGACGAGGGAAACUUGUCUGCAAUUUUUGAUGCCGACCUUUGA